AUGGCCACCCUCCGCCCAACCCUCCGGGCCCUCCCAACAUCACGCCCCCUCCUCCUCCGCCAACAGAAGCAAUACCAACGAGCCCACUCCACCGUCUCCGCAAAUGAACUCUCCCACUUCUCCGCACUAGCCAGCAGCUGGUGGGAUCCGCAAGGUCCCUCGCGCGUCCUGCACCUGAUGAAUCCUCUCCGACAUGAUUUUAUCGCGUCUUGCCUCGCGCAGGGGACUCCGCCGGUUACCUCUACCGAGAACAACACCGGGAAAGAGGUGGGAAACGCAAACACGCUUAAAUAUCUCGACAUCGGCUGCGGAGGAGGUAUCUUUGCGGAGUCGCUCGCGCGCACUAUCAACCCUGCUUCGAAAUCGACAACACACACCCGCGCGGCGUCUAUAACAGCGCUCGACCCCUCGUCGACUCUCGUCCAGAUCGCGCGCGACCACGCCCGGACGGAUCCUAUCGUCGCGGAACAUCUCCGGAAUGGCACAUUCACCUACAAGAACUGUACUCUGGAAGAUCACGUCUCCUCCUCUUCCUCUUCCUCCCCAUCCCCAUCACCAUCAUCCCCCUCCCAAUCACCAUCCCCCACCCCCACCCAAUCACCCUCUAUCCCCCCCACAAACCAAUACGACGUGGUCACCCUCUUCGAAGUAAUCGAACACAUCGACAACACCUCCCCAACCAGCAACCCCACAACCUUCCUCACAGACUGCCUGCGCCUCGUGCGGCCCGGCGGCUGGCUAAUCGGCUCGACCAUCUCCCGCACCCUCACCUCCUACCUCAUCAACCAGGUCAUCGCGGAGGCGCCGUGGCCGGUGGGCGUCGUCCCGCGCGGGACGCACGACUGGGCGAAGUUCGUGAAUCCGGAGGAGUUGGAGGCGUGGGUGCAGGAGGCGCUGAUGAGGGGUGCGGAUCGGGGCGUUACUGUUCGGGGCGGUGGGGGCGCGCUGGGAGAGGGCAUGAGGUGCAUUGUAGAACAGAAUAACAGCAUUCACUAG